UCCACUGUGCUGGGUGGAAAUCAUUACAGUGGGAUAUAUUAAAACCUGGGUGAAUAAGACUAAAACCAUCACGGGGGCGGAGAGAGCUGGAUGAUUAACUCCAGCUUUUAUGAUUCUACUUCACAUCUGAUAAACAAAUGUGGGUAUUUUGAUUUAAUCACAAAACAUAAUAAUGCAAUAAAAUACUUACAUCAUUAUGGAGUCAUCUCAUCUUAAGAAUUUUAGAGCUUAGGUACUAAUCAGAACAAACAAAUAUCUAGAAACGUGUCAGAUUAUAACGAAUCAGUCAUUAUUGUUUUAAAAACCAUCAUCAAAACAUCACGCUGUCUAACUUCCACUAUCUGACGGAUCUGCUCGUCUCCACUCUGCUAAGAACUUUUCCCUGAUCAGAUAUUACAGUUCCCGUGGAAAGUGGCGAGGGUUUUUCAAGCAGAAGCGUUAGUCAGAGAGGAGGGUCUGUGCACGAGAGCCGAGCACGACGAUAGAGAUCAGUGGGUGGGGAGACAGGUAAGGAAACAGUGACACAGAGGAUGCGCGGAGCGCGUGAGAUGACGGAGAGGAGAGGAGAGAGUGAGAAAGAGGAGUCGCACCUCAAGGAAGUUAACAAAACACCGCGGGGUGAACAGAAGACGCUUCGCACUGAAGAAUGGGACUGGUGCAAUACGCCGCGGCCGCGCUGCUGCUCUCCGCCCGCUUGGUGCUCGUCUACCCUGCGGUAGACGCGACCGAGGAGUGUGUUUGGUGCCCUCCAGGUGAGUAUCAGGAGUCUUGCACAAAGUGCGCACCCUGCGCCGCCCGCAGGUACACGUCUGUGCGCAACCAGGAGGACAGCUGCCACCGCUGCUUCGCGGACUGCAGACCAGAUUACAAUCUGCGCGUGGAGAGGGCCUGCACCCGUACGUCCAAUACCAAGUGCGUCUGCAAACCCGGCUACACGUGCACGGACAAAUACGAUGCCCUAAACUGCAGACUGUGCGAGAAGAGUCAAGGAAAUGCGGCGAGAGGGAAACGGGGACACGCGCCUGCGUCCGCUUCCUCAGGACGUGACGGCGGCGUGGCCGAGCCCUGCCUGUUUCCUAAGUGCGCUCCUCAGACGGUCCCACCGCGGUCCAACAACACAGGCACAGCCAGCAGUCCACUGGCAGCCAUCCUCAGUCCCGUGGUCAUUAUGGGAUGCGUGGCCCUCGUGAUCCUGCUCUGCCUCCGUCGCCCCGGUGAUGAAAUCUGCUUCAAGCAAGCUCUUGUAAAGCUGCGUAAUGAGGGAGGCUGUGAAGCUCCCCACAAAUCAAGGGAGUCAACCCAGGUCCCCAGAGACUCAUUCGGCGCCAAGCAGCAGCCAUCGCCUCUCUCAGUAGCUAAUCUAGGUUCCGUCCACGUCCACAACCCGGGCACGGUCGUCUUCAGCCUGCUCAGCCAGUUCGGCGCCGCGGGCGACGGCAGGACGGCGGAGAAGGCGAGCGGCGACGAGGACGGGGACGAGGACAGAGACGGCGCCGCCCGCCACCACCGCGCGGCCUCUCCCAGCAUCCACCUGUCCGAGGAGGAGCGCAGCGGGGAGAGCGACAGCGCCCUCUUCCCCUCCCAGGAACAGGGCAAGGACUGCCACGUUUCCAAGGAAGAGGAGCUAUGACGGAGACCCGUGCUCUGGCAUCCAGACUCAACCUCCUCUAAAGGAAGGAAUUACAAAACUGGGGAAGGGCCCUUUUCCCCCUGACAAACUGUGAAGGAUUCACAUGUGGUGACAUGGUUUCCUGCGGACAGAACAGGCUUCAUGUCCAGCAGACACUUUCAGCAGCUGGGAGAUGAUUUGUAAGUUAUAAUUUAAGACAUUCUGUACAUACUCUUCAAUAAGCUUGUUAAAGUAUUACACCUGCAUGCUUGGUGUGUCUCAAAUAUUAGGCAUUUUUAUUACAAUAAAAUUUUAUUUUGAAUAAA